CUUGUAUUUGGUUUUAAACCACGAAUAUGCCAGUCAGUGCUCGGUUAUGAUUAAAAACCAGACUUCAGUGGCACCACUCCUAAUUUCUCAGCAAUUUCUCACUGCUUUAUUGUUCAAGUUGCAUUUAUUUAUUUUUGUUAUGGGGAGUUUGGCAUCGUGUCUAAACCGGUGAUCCCAAAGUCUGAGUCAGUCCGUCAGUCAGUCAGCGCCCUCCCCCCUUCAGGGCAAACCAAAGUCUUACGACGCCGUAUUGACAUUGGGUGACAACAAAUUUGUUGAUACAUUGCUAUGAUGCCUCCCUUAAUUUCGUCUUAAAAACUGCAACAGCAAAAAGAAUUCCUCCAUCAUUGACCAAAAAAAAGGGGAGUUUUAACAUCUCUUACAUUCAUAAUAACAUUUGUGUGGGAAAAAGUGAUGAGCCGGUGGCCUCAAUUACUCCGUGCUCUAACCUGGACGGUUGUGUUGACUUUAAUGGUAAGCAUAGCAUCGUUCGUACCAGAGAUGGCCUUCGUAUCUGCAGUAUCCCCAUCAUCAUCCUUCUCGCGCUCCUGCAACAGUGAAGGAUUUGUUAGGAUUCCUUUGGACUUCCCCAGGGAGAAACUGUGUUUGCCUGCUCAUACAGUGAAGAGGUCUAAGAUCGAUUUCUUUGUGCCCACCAUCUUUGCUGCUCUUGUUGUUGCUGCUUCUGCUUGUGUUGUUCGAUCUCUGGGCUUAUGGGGGACUGAAACUGGUUAAUUUAUGUCUCUGUAUGUAUGUAUUUGAUGAUUGUUUUACAGUCUUCUUUCUUUUUAAAUCAUGAUUCCUGAAGAAAUAUCCAAAUUCAUAUAGUUAAUAAAAGAUCAGUCCAUGUUUUCUGUUCGCUGGCUGAUGUUUGCUUUCA